AAUUUCCAUCUUUGUAACACAAUUUACAUUAUUGUUUAUAACGAAAUUGAAAAAAAUAAGUGUAAGACAUUAAUUAAAGGUAUUUACUUUUUCGUAUCUAUGCACUGAAGAAUCGUGAGAUGAGCAGAUCUCAAGUAUUAAGGACUUCAAAUCUAUCUAGACGCACCUAUGAUUAUCCUUAUCCAGAUAUAGAAAAUUUUUCUCAACGGAACAAGGACAGUUUAAAAGGAAAAGAAAUCUGUGACAAGAUAAGCAAGGUUUUCAUGUUAUUUAUCACAACAGUUACGGUCGCAGGAGUAGCAUUUAUGCUCACACUUCUAACCAAUGGCCAGGAAAAGAUUGAUGACUUAAGUAAUAGCAUGCAAGCGCAAACCAGUGCUUUGAAAAGCAUUAACGAUACACUGAUAAAAAUUACUGAGAAUCAACGACAAGAAGAGCAAAAAACGAGUAAAAUAAUGAAUAUUACCCAGUUAAAUUUAGAGGCAUAUUCGGAUCUAACAGCUAAUAUUCUUUCAUUAUCAAACAAAACAAAAACUUCUCUAAAAGAAAUUGGAGAAUUGAUAGAGGUGAUGUCGAUUCGAACGAAUACAACAAUCAAUAAAAUAGAAAAGAUGAUGGAAACAUCUUUUAGCCAGUUACAAACUUCUUUGGAAAAUAUUGCAAAUGCUGUGGAAACAUUAACAGACCAUACAAUAAAGUUGAAUUCAGAUCUAAAUAAUUUAAUCAAAGAACAAUCUAACCAGACAAAAGCAAUUUUAGAGGUCUUGAGGAAAACAUUAUUAACAGACCCAACAAAAGAAUCGAAAACAGACAAUGAAUCAAGAAUUGAAGGUGACAGUGAAAUUAACAGUACUAGUUUAAACGUCACUACCGGGGAAUGCGUAAACAGCUGUUUGAAAGUCGCUGACGGCGAUUACCAGUCAUGUGACACUUGUCAUGGUUACGUGUCGUGUACAAAUAAUUAUAUCUUUUACAGAAAUUGUCCCACGGUAGAUCUUUUUUGGGAUGAUAAUAAAAAACGCUGUGAAUGGAAAAGCGAAACUUGCAAAACAUCGGACCUCACGUAGUAUGAUUAAUUACGUUAUUUUUUUUCCCGAUAACUUAACGUAGAACCUAUGUCGUAAGACAUCAUAACUAGUGAAUAUGUUGAGCCUGAGCUAAAUCAAUUGUGACGUCAUAAUUGAUUAAAUGUCAAUUUUUCCCGUACA